ACAGGUGAUGGAGAUGUAAAAGUGUCAGUGUUCCAGAGCGGCGUGUCGGACUCGGUUCCUGCAGGAGCGUCAGUGACUCUGCAGUGCUCGGUUCUCUCUGAGAGCAGAUCAGCAGAACUCCAAGUGCUCUGGUUCAGAGCUGCUCCACCACAAUCCCAUCCUCAAAUCAUUUACACUCAUCACAACAGCAGCCAUCAGUGUGAGAGCGGCUCUUCUACACACACCUGUGUGUACAACUUCUCCAAGAACAUCCUCAGCCUCAAUGAUACUGGAACUUACUACUGCGCUGUGGCCGUGUGUGGGAAGAUCAUUUUUGGGAAUGGGACACGAGUACAAUUGAAAGAACCUGUGGAUCCUGUAGUGAUCUUCCUCGCUGUAGCUUUGGGAGUGUGUGUGAUUGUGAUCUCUGUUCAAGUUGUUUUAUUCUGUAAAUGGAGGAACCAUGAACAACACACACAGAGACAAAGCACUGGACAAACAAACACUCAGGACCGUGACUCUGUGGAGCUGAAUUAUGCUGCCUUACAUUUUAAUGAAAAGAAAAGCAAAGGAGGAAGAAAAAGCAGAGAACGACCUCAAGACAGCAUGUACUCUGAAGUCAGAUCUCUCGCCACGACUUAAAUUAUACGUCUUCAAUCGUUUAUUUUGUUUACUGGAAUUUUAUUUGUUUUCGAGUCUGAUCAGGAAUAAAGUUUCUACU